UAGCGCAGGGCCGCCUCUCCCCCGCCCUCAGGCCGGGCCCGGGCUCGGUCCCCCGCUCCCUUCUCUCCCCACCCCGGUCGGGUACCGGAAGGUCCAAGCCGCUGCCGGGUGCCCGAGGGCCAUCGUGGCCGCCGCCACGGGUCCUGAUGGAGCCGCCGAAUCUCUAUCCGGUGAAGCUCUACGUGUACGACCUGUCCAAGGGCUUGGCCCGGCGGCUCAGCCCCAUCAUGCUGGGGAAACAACUGGAAGGCAUCUGGCACACCUCUAUAGUUGUACACAAGGAUGAGUUCUUCUUCGGCAGUGGCGGUAUUUCCAGCUGUCCCCCGGGAGGGACAUUGCUUGGGCCCCCAGACACUGUGGUUGAUGUGGGGAGCACAGAAGUCACAGAAGAAAUCUUUCUGGAAUACCUGUCCUCCCUGGGGGAGUCUCUGUUCCGAGGAGAAGCCUACAACCUCUUUGAACACAACUGUAACACCUUUAGCAAUGAAGUGGCACAGUUCCUGACUGGGCGGAAGAUCCCUUCUUACAUCACUGACCUGCCCUCUGAAGUUCUCUCAACGCCCUUUGGACAAGCACUUCGGCCCUUCCUGGACUCCAUCCAGAUUCAGCCUCCUGGAGGGAACUCUGUGGGCAGACCCAAUGGCCAAAGCUAACAGGACUGCACGGGACCGCCCGCCUCUCCAGGGCUUUUCCUUUUUAAACAAAACAAACCCUACCAGAUUUCUAUUUUAUAAUUUUACAUCAGAGCUAACGGGGACGGCUUUUUAAAUUUCCCAGGGAAGGAGCUUGUCAGGCUGCACGUAGGACAAUGCUCCUAAGAAACAGAACAAAUGCCACCCCUUCUAAUAGUAUUAUACUAAUUUAUUAAGGCUGUCUUGUCUGUGAGUUCACUUUUGACGCUGUUGCCUGAGCGUCCUCUACACUGGAGAGAGAGGGGGCGCUUUUUAAACAGAAAGCAAGAGUCACAAUCUGGGAGAAUCCCGUCCUGGACCCUCUUUCCAAAGGAUACCCACAUUCCACCUAGGUUGCCGCACCUGUGGGACCUGGGUAAGGUUUUUUUUUUUUUUUUUUUUUUUUUUUCCAAGACAGGUUUUCUCUGUGUAGCCUGGCUAUCCUGGAACUCACUCUGUAGACCAGGCUGGCCUUGAACUCAUAGAGAUCUGCCUGCCUGUGCCUCUCUGCCUCCCGAGUGCUGGGAUUAAAGGUGUGCACCAUCACCCAGCCUGGGUGAGUUUUUUACUGACCAUAACGCUGGAGCAGUCACCCUAUAGCAGCAAAUGAGCCAAAGGAUUUGGUGUACAUGGAGCCAGCUGUAGGCUGACUGACUGACUCAACCUAAGUGAACUCUUUAGCCACAAUUUUACCCCCACCCCCAAACAAGGCCACUGGUGGGAGCUGGAGCAGCCAUAGCCUCAGGAUCAAAGGACAGUGGCAGCAAGGAUGAGGGCAGAGAAGACAGGAUAAAGCCAUUCAUUCCUCCUACAACUAGAUUCAGUGCCAGUCCUCUCUGCCUGCCUCUAAGCUGCUCUUCCUCAGCAAUAAUGUGACCUGUCACCAUUAAUGAAGGUCUAGGCUGCAGUGGCAGAGACCUGGGCCUUCUCUCUGCAAAUAAUGACAUCAGUUUAUUUAUAGUUAGUAGAGCCAGCCACCCAAACCAGUAUGAACUUGUCAGCUAGGUACCAAGGAGACAUGAUUGUUCCCUCCAGGAACGUAUCUCUGAUGUAGAGAGAAUACCACAAUGAUGUAGAUUAAAGGUGGCAAGAAAAUUUAAGAGUUGUCUCCAGUAGAGAUUUUCACAUUGUCCUUCAAGUGUCUUGAACAGACAUUGUCAUUCUGACCUUAAGAGGUGUUGGACAUUUUUCUAGUGAUGUGCUGCUAGGUUUCAUCAGCAGGAAUCAUCUAGAAGUCUAUGAUGUAGACUCUAGAAUCUAGAAGGAACUUAAGUUUCCCUUUAUUGGUAUUAGCCUCCUACUAGCUAAUUUGGGGACUGGAUGUGGAGUAGGGGACUCAGAGCAAGCACCUGAGACUCAGCUCCACAUCCGUGGGAGCCCCUGCCAUGGUUCCCUACCACUUCUAAAACUUGAGCUCAACUGCUCCUUCUGGGGCGGCCGUUCCUCCCUGAAAGCUGCUGCUGGCUCAUACUUGCCCAUACCCACCUGUCUUUGCCAGUAGCCCUAUCAGUUAGCAUUAUCAGGAUCUGCCUCAAGCGCUGACCUGUUCUCUAACCAGGGCCAAGUCCAGCUGGGAUGUCAGGUGAUGUUUUGGAACUUGAAAGUUGGGAUCAAAUGAGUCUCAGUGGUUUGCAAGUGUGUAUGACAAUGACAAAUUAGUGUGAAAACCAACAGAGAUUAUUUACUAUUGGUCUGUUGACAGAAUGGGGCCAGAAGGGUGAGUGUUUAAAGCUUGGCUUCUGGAUAGGUAGAGAUUGCUGGAAGCCAGCACUUUUUCAUUUGCCUGGUCCCAGCUGCUAUCAUCUCUGCCUAGAGCUCUCCUGACACCUGACAGGUGCUGGGCUGAUUUUCCCACAUGACCAGAUUCAUCUGGUUUUUCUCCUCAAAGCAGUAUCUCAGAUGCCAUGAUACUCUGAGAAGUUUGUCUGAGAAUUUUAGUUACUUGGUUGCUUGAAUAGCCUCUUGUCAUGUCCAGCAGCUAUCCGUGUUGAUGCCUGUGCCCAUGGCUCGCAGGGAGAUAGGAGGACUGGACAGCUUCUCAGACCUCUGCAGGAAGGCAAGCUCUUCCUCCCCUAUGCAAAUCCCAUCGGCACCAGAAUUGUAGGCCAUGAACCUCAUGUCCCGCCUGCACAUAUCUCAGGAGCAUACUACUAAUGACCAACUGACUCCUCCUGGGCAUGUACAAGCCAGCAGAAAAGGACCUGAGUCAUGUUGUUCAUGUCAUGUGACAGAUACCCUGUAGAGUUCCAUUGGUCAAGGGACAAGGGAAGUGGAGGCAUGAGACCAUAGUCCUUUCCUAGACAAAAUGAAGCGUGUUUCUUUGAGAUUUUUUUUUCAUUACUUCCUUGGAGUCAAAUUAUGUCUAAUAUGGAGGUGUUUGCUAGUUUUCAUUGGCAUUUUUUCUAAUGCAAUAAACUCAUUUAUGCUGC